AGACCGGAAAAUGGGCCAUCCAGGCUUCGGAAACCAAAGAAAUGGCUGAUAAGCUCAUUGAACACACUGAAGAACUGGUUGAAGGCAAGCUCGUCCCAAGUGUAGAAAAAGACCCUUUCACCUUGGCUUUGGGAAAGCCCUACCUUCCAGGACGGGUAGUAGGUGCAGGAGGGUCAUUGCUAGGGUGGGAAAAGGUGAUGGGUCCAGAGUAUACCAAAUCAAGAAGAUCCCAAGCAAGUGUGAACUCACCUCAUGACUUGGUUUCCACGGUGGAAUCAAUUAAGGAACAAGUCCGCAACGAGCUCGUAAGUGAAUUUAACGCUUGGGCGAAGCAAAUGAACCUACCGAGCUUGCCUUUCCCCUCGAAUACACCCGUCGACUCAUGUAGUCACCCAAAAGGACAAGGGGAAGAUGAUAUACAUGGAGACGAUGAUGCAAAUGAGGGUGGUACGCCUACACAUGCGGACUCGAGGGAGCUCGAUAAUCCAGCACCUCAUCAUUUUCCAGAUUUACAGGAAGAGACCCUUUGUGCACUUCUACACCCGGACGAAUCUGAAGCUUUGCAUGUGGUUGCAUAUGGUAGUGCACAACCGGCCGAAAAAGGUACGGUCCAUUUGCGACCGCUUAGGCCACAACAUUGCUCGGUUGGGAUCAAUUCUGUUAUUACCGGGUUCGAGGACAUCCUAAUACCGGUGCCCAUAGAGGAGGAGGAGUUCAUUACACUUUGGGCGGCAAAAGGUAGCUUUGUGCAGUGGCCAUGUGCUUGGGUAAGGUUGAUGAACCAGGUAAUUAAGAUUUUGGGUUCGUUCGGUACUUUAUGCCCGGUUGUUUUCACAAGAGAAAGAUGGAUUUGUCUUUUCUAACCAAUGGCGUGAUUUGUUGUAUUAGAUUUCGC